UACCUAAAGAUAAUUUAAUGGAUUGUAAACGGGCUACUAUUAUUGUGUUAUCUUGUGAGAUCAAACGUUUGAGUACAACCCAAUUUAGUAACGAAAAAGAAGUUACCAAAUUACUUUGGGCUUUUAUUAAAUAUGAAGCUGCCAAAUCAGUACGUUAUUUUCAUACCCACUAUACUAAUUUAAAACAAAAGAUUCUAGAUAAAAUAACUUUGGCUGGAUUUUUUAGAAAAUUGAAAUUGGAAAAAUGUUUAAUCUUAGAUAAAGGAAAUGAAAUGGAUAGAUAUAUUAAUGAUAAUAUUCAUGGUGAAACUUUUAAAGCAUAUAUUGCUGCAAUAUAUUUAGACUGUAGUUGCGAUUUUGAUAAAGUUAUGGAAUAUUUGAAACCAUUCUUAAUACCAUUCAUCAAUCAAUGGGCCGAAGUUUUAAAAGAUACUGAAGACCAUAACGAGACACCUCCAGAACUAGAACAUAUAAUGAAACUCGAUUUACAGAUAUUAAAAAAAGGACUUGGCGAACCCAUAUAUAAUUGGAAAAACAGUAACAGUGAUAAUACAAUGUUUAUUUAUGAAGUUCUAGUUAAUGGAAAGAUUUAUGGAACUGGUGAGGGCAAAAAGAAAAAUGAAGCUAAGAAGCAUGCAGCAAUUCAAGCUUACGACAAUAUCAACUUAGACAACUCCAUUAUGAAAUUAAUCAACAUUAACGCUAAGUCAGGCGAUGUUAAGUCUGAUAAUGUUAAAUCUGAUAAUGUUAAGUCUGACAAUGCUAAGUCUGACAAUGUCAAGUUAGAUAAUGUCAAGUUAGAUAAUAUCAAGUUAGAUAGUGUUAAGUCUGACAGUGUCAAGUCUGAUAGUGUCAAGUCGGAUAGUGUCAAGUCGGAUAGUGUCAAGUCUGAUAGCGUUAAAUCUGACAGUGUUAAAUCUGACAGUGUUAAACAAGACAGUGAUAAGUCUGACAGUACUAAAUAG